AUAAUCGACGUUUUGAUAUAAUUUAUAAAGAAUUCGAAUCGGAAAAAUUUUGUUAUUUAUCAUUUUUAUUUAAACCAUUACAAAGACUUUUACAUUAUGAAUAUUUAUUUGAAAAAUUACUUAUUUAUUAUAAGAAUAACAAUUGUGAAAAUGAAUAUCACGAUUGUUAUGGAGUUUUUAUUAAAAUUCAAGAUCUUAUUGAAAAUUUUACUGAUUCAUUAAAAAUACUUUUUUCUGAUGUAUUAUUCUAUUGUGCUCGUAGUUCCAGUCCAAUACUUCAAUUUAAAUUACAUGGAGAACUUCCAUUAAGAACAAUGAUAGUUACAUCAUCUGAAAAUCUUCAAUAUUCUUUAAUUGGUGCACUUGAAGAUAAUGAACAAAAUCAAAUUGAUCGUUCAGGUAUUCAACAUCGUGCUAAUACAACAAUGCAUAAUGAUUUUCCAUUGACAUCAUUACCAUUACUUGUUUAUCGUAGUUCAAUACCAUCAGAAAAUGAUGAUGAUGAUGUUAAUAAAGAUUUUGUAUUUAAAUUACAAUUUAAAAAUCAUGUUUAUUUUUUUCGUGCAGAAAGUCAAUGGAUGGAUGUUGUUUCAAGUGCAACAACAACAUCGACUAGUCAAUGA